CGUAUUUACGGUAAUUCCGUUCAGCAAAUGAAGGCAGCGACAGUUCCUCAAGCUGCUGAUUGGCUGUGGUCACGUCGUAUGAGGAAGUAAAGCAGCUGCAACAGCUACAGUUAACUUCCUAACAGGUUACCAAGCGGAACAGGGGACGAUGUCAGGAAGAAGAGUCGUGGCGUUUGUUUCAGCAGCCGAGCUCGGCCCCGCUCUGGCCAAUCUCAUAGCGUCUCGGGCUGAGAAGACACUCAGCAACGGCGCUGGCUCGUUUUCCCUCGGUCUUUCUGGAGGAAGUCUGGUGUCCAUCUUGAGUAAGGAGCUGCCUGCCGUGCCGAACCUGGACUGCAAGCGGUGGCUGGUGGGCUUCUGCGACGAGCGGCUGGUUCCUUUCCAUGAUCCUGAGAGCACUUAUGGACUUUACAAGAACCAGUUGUUUUCAAAGCUUAACAUUCCAGACGACAGGAUUUUGACGAUCGAGCCGUCUUUACCGGUGCAGGAGUGCGCUGAGGAUUACGCCAACAAGCUGAGUAAGGCGUUCGACACGCAGCAGACGCCGGUGUUCGAUAUGUUGCUGCUCGGCAUGGGACCUGACGGACACACGUGCUCUCUCUUCCCAGACCACCCGUUAUUACAGGAAAAGCAGAAGACUGUAGCUCCUAUCAGCGACUCUCCUAAACCACCGCCGCAGAGGGUGACCCUCACACUACCCGUGGUGAACGCGGCCCGCUGCGUGGUGUUCGUGUCCACCGGAGGCAGCAAAGCCCCCGUGCUCAAGCAAGUACUGGAGGGUGGAGACGGCCCGGUCCUGCCUGCAGCCCUCGUCGCUCCGACCCAGGGCGAGCUUUUCUGGCUGGUGGAUGAACCAGCAGCUGCCUCCUUAACCCUCGAUGUGGAACGACCAGGACCUGGUGCUAAACUCUGAUCUCAGAACAGGAACCGGUUUUCUUGUUAAAUGGUCGUUGUUAUAAUGGUUAACUUUGUGACUUUCCAAGUGGAAAAGGUCUGCGUUCAUUAAGGAGACUUGACUAACAGUUUAUUAAAUUUAUGUCAGUAGAUAUGAGGAAAAUGGCUUAAAAGUAAACGAUGAAUUACACAAAGUAAUUGAUUCCAUAUCAGUGACAGGAUGGUGUGAUGAAGUAUAUUAUAUGUUAUAUAUAACAACUCCCUGACGUUUAUUUUCCUAUAAACGGCAUGUCCUCUUAUACCACAACAAUUCCCCAAUGACUCCAGUUCUUAAUUUGUUAAUGAGUGACAUGGCAUGCUUAAAAAAUAAUAAUAACGUUGUGGAAAGUCCGUAAAACCUUUCGUUCCUCUCUUCUUUUUUUUCCCGCUCUGUCUUACUCUGACUUUAAUAUGAUUUUUUUUAAAGCUUGUCAUGUUAUAGAGAAAUCACAAAGGAAAAAAAAAUAAACUCCUCUGUCCUGAAAA